AAUGCUUAGCCUGGUAAUAGCUUUCUUGGCCAUCUGGACGGUGUCGGCCCAGAACUCCACGGAUGGCGGACAGGAUGGACGAAUUGUCGGCGGCUGGGAGACGCACAUCACCUUCUUUCCGCAUCAAGUAUCCCUGCAGUUGGGCACUCGCCACGGCUGCGGUGGAAGCAUCCUUUCGCCCACCAUCAUCCUAACAGCCGCCCACUGUGUGCUGGAGUACACCAAACCGCAGUAUUAUGCUAUACGAGCCGGAUCCAAUGAGUGGGCCCAGGGCGGCAGCUAUGUCCGCAUUCAACGCAUUAUACCCCAUCCCAAGUUUCAUGAGCCCACAAGGAUGAACAACGAUAUAGCCAUUGUUCAGCUGCAGCAACCACUCGUCUAUAGUCGCGAAAUUCAACCCAUAAGUCUGGCCACCGCUCAGGACAGAGUACAGCCGAUGGCACAGCUCUUUGUCAGCGGCUGGGGCAGUCAGUCGAUCUCACAAAUGCAACCGGAGAAGCGUCUUCGUUACACGGUCGUCCAGCAAAGCGAACAGGAUCAGUGUGCCAGAAACUACUUCGGAGCGGGCACUGUGACCAGCACCAUGUUCUGUGCUGGGACUCAGAUGGGCGGCAGAGACAGCUGCCAGGGUGAUUCGGGAGGACCUCUAGUCACCUCCAUCGACGGACGGAUGAAACUGUACGGCAUUGUGUCCUGGGGCUAUGGCUGCGCCAACGCCAUGUUUCCCGGUAUUUACACAAAAGUUUCCGCUUAUGGUGACUGGAUAGCGCAGACAAUGGAGCAGCUGGGCUAGCUUAUUUUUUCCCUCUUAAUUACUGCUUCACUACUUAGAGAUAAUAGUCGAAAUCACCGCUACGUAGUCCAUAAACAAAUCUAGUAAAUCUAGUGUGUAAGAUUAUCCUCCUCUGUAAAUGAACUUUCCUCGUCGCUAAUUCUCAAGUUCAGAUGACUAACAAAUAACAUAAAAUAUUACUUAUCGAAAA